GCCAAUUGAGCCCAAAAAAGGAAAGAUAAAACCAAAACCAAACCAAAAAACGAAGGGUGGGUCAAUAGUACAAGGCAAAAUGGCCAAGAACCCUUCUAACGUGCGCCGAAAUAACCCAUAUAGACUCGCUAAUGUGCGCCGGGAGGAAACAACUGCGAACACUAGUACCCCAGCAACAAUAGCUACUUCAAGUUCCACAAUCACCACCGCCACGUCACCGAUAUCUGAAUCGUAAGUGUUUUCGGGUCAGCCCGGAUCGUCUUCCAGUUGUUCUACUAAGCACAAGAAGUUUCGGGGCGCUCGGAGUCGGAGCGGCAAAUGGGUAUCAGAGAUACGCCAGCCACGAAAAGCCACGCGCAUUUGGCUCGGCACGUAUCCGACACGGGAUAUGGCGGCGACGGCGUAUGACGUGGCGGCUUUGGCUUUGAGGGGACCUAAUACGGUUUUAAACUUCCCGGACUUGAUUCUUUGGUAUCCGAUUCCGCUUUCAAAGUCGCCUGUUGACAUACGCGCCGCGGCGGCGUGUGCGGCUGAGGCGAGGAUGGAAAGAUCGUCGGAGAGCAGUAGUGAUCAUCAGGAAACGACACAUCUGAAAAGAACUGGGGAAGAGCACUUCACUGACGAAGAAGAGUUACUGAAUAUGCCGAGUUUGCUGGUGAAUAUGGCAGAAGGGAUGCUCUUAACUCCGCCUAGGAUUCAGUCAAAGUCCUCUUCGGAUGAAUCUGGCGGUGAUGGAAAUGGAGAUGGAGAUGGAGAUGGGUUAUGGAGUUAUGCAUAUUAACUAAACCCUAUAGUCUAUGAAAAAUCGUUGUAUUGUGUAUUGUAUAUAAGUUGUUUGUUUUGCUUUGCUUUGAUUCGUCUGUUUUUGUUUUUGUUACUAGCUAUCGGACGAGCAUCCUCCAUGUGCUAGGUUUGUAACUAUGAACCAGUACAACAUUGUCCGUGGUUUUAGCUAGCUAGAAGAAUUAGAUUGCUUGUGCUGUUAAAUAGGAUCUUUCUGGGUGGCUGGUUGUGUUUUGAAUACUGUAUACUUUGGAAUAUAUGUGAAGGCACUACUUUGAUUCUAUGU